GUUGGAAUGCAAAUGUUUUGCAGGGCAGCAGGCAGUGGCAUCAAUCAUCCCUCACACAGAAUACAAAAGAUGCCCACGCACACACGCCCUCUUCCCCUCGCCCCUCAUUCUACCCCUACCUCCCCCCAAUCAUGUCCUCCCCUGAGCCUAGCUCAGCCGAAUCCCAAGCAGUCGCGGGCACAAAGCCUCACAAGGGCACCGCGUUCUGGCUUUCCUACAUUGCUGUUGUCGUUUCCGUCUUCCUUAGUGCGCUUGACUUGACUGGUGUUGCCACCGCUCUUCCCACUAUUACCGCUGACCUUCAUGGCGGAGACGAGUUCGUUUGGGUCGGUUCUGCUUACGCGUUGUCGAGUACUGCUAUCCUCCCUCUUUCGGGAUCUCUCGCAGACAUUUUCGGACGAAGGCCGAUUAUGCUGAUCAGUAUCGCCUUUUUUGCUGUCGGUAGUGCAAUUUCUGGAGCGGCUCAGAACAUGAAUAUGUUAAUCGCUGGACGAACUAUCCAAGGUAUCGGCGGCGGCGGGAUCAUCAAUCUUACAGAGAUCAUCGUUUCCGACCUUGUUCCACUCGCGGAACGUGGACUGUACCAAGGCAUUCUCGUCCUCACUUGGUCGUUCGCUGCGGGUAUUGGCCCCCCGAUUGGAGGUUCUCUCGCUCAAGAUGCCUCUUGGAGAUGGUUAUAUUACAUUAAUCUUCCUGUGACCGGUGUUGCCUUUGGUCUUGUGUUACUUUUCCUGCGCGUCCGUACUCCCGCUGGAUCGAUACGGGAAAAACUGAAGCGUGUCGACUGGCUCGGAAACUUCAUUGUCAUCGCUGGCACCACUCUUGCUAUCGUCGGUCUAACCUUUGCCGGUGUCAGGUUCCCGUGGGCAUCUGCUCAAGUGUUGGCACCUUUGAUCAUUGGGAUGGUACUCGUCGGGGUGUUUAUUUUCUACGAGGCGAAAGUUCCCAGGGAGCCGACGUUGCCUUGGGAAGUCCUGGCGCAGCGGACGUCGCUCAGUGGGUAUGCAUCAACCUUGAUUCAUGGCAUAACGAGUAUCUCCAUCAUCUACUACAUGCCUGUAUUUUUCCAGGCAUGUCUUGGCGCGUCUCCGAUUCGGUCUGGUGUCGAUAUGUUAGCAACGGCCUUGGUAAUUGCACCUUUCGCUUUGUUUGCCGGUAUCAUCGUCCAAGUGCAGAACAAGUACCGCCCUGCUAACUACAUUGGGUGGAUCAUCACGAUUGUCGGUUUCGGCAUCUUGACCUUGCUCAGAGCUGAUAGUAACACUGGUGAAUGGGUUGGCUUCCAAAUCGUUGCCGCUGCGGGCUCUGGCAUGAUUUACGCGGCAACCAUCUUCCCUGUCUUAGCGCCACAUCCUGUCCAACGAACAGCAUCUGCCCUAGCAUUUUACGCGUUCGUCCGAGCAUUCGCACAGACAUGGGGUAUCACGAUUGCCAGCACCAUCCUUCAGAACGAGUUGAAGAAGAACCUGCCUGAAGCAUUCGUCAGCCAGUUCCCUGAAGGCUCUGAGAUCGCAUACGCUGCUAUCCCAAUCAUUGGAAACCUAGAAGAACCUCUGCGUUCGGAUGUGCGAAAGGCCUUUGCACUGAGUAUGGCGACCAUUUGGAAGGCCAUGAUCGGUAUCUCCGGAGCGGGCAUCCUCACGCUUCCCUUCUUGCAGGAGAUACCAAUGCAACAGCACACGGACGAGAGCUUCGGCUUGACUGAAGAGCAGAUGGCAGAGCGACGGCGUCAGCAGGACGAGGAAAAGACUAUUGCAGCCGUAACUGGCGCGAAUACCCCACUCGACUCUGACAAACAGUAGUUUGUAUACUUGCUAUCUUUCGGACGCUGUAGAUAUGUCAAAUUCCGCCUACCGUAUGAUAAAGCGUAGCUUCUAGCAUAGUAAUCCGUACAAUCUCCAUCAACACGAUUCUUCUGCAGUUC